UCCCCGCCCUUUUCUCCUCUACAAUGCUUCUUACCUCAGUCAGACUGCGGGUUCACAUAUGUGAAAAAAAUAUCGACUUCUAGCCUCCCUCAUAGCAUCCCGAUCCAGGAAUCUGUGACCCGGGACCGGAACGUUAAAUGGCUUCUCCGCUUUCCUACCGAAUGGAACUCGAGAUAUGGCCCAUGGACAUGGAAAUGAACAUGGUCAUAGUAAAAUGGAACUUCCAGAUUAUAAACAGUGGAAGAUAGAAGGGACACCAUUAGAAACUGUCCAGAAGAGGCUGGCUGCACGAGGGUUAAGGGAUCCGUGGGGCCGCAAUGAAGCAUGGCGAUACAUGGGUGACUUUGCACACAAUGUUUCCUUUGCUGGUCUGUUAUUAAAAGGAUUCAAAUGGGGAUUUGCUGCAUUUGUGGUAGCUGUAGGGGCUGAAUAUUACUUGGAGUCCCAGAAUAAAGAUAAGAAGCAUCACUGAAGAUAGCACCUGGACAUAUCUUAGAAAAAUAAGAUUUCUUCACCAUAGCCUCCUUGUGUUUGUCCCCUAAAGAGUACCAGUAAGAUUUAAUAAAUUAAGAAAAACAUA